UGGCGCCUGGCGCGGGCCGAGGCUGAUUGGCUUUUUCCCUCCCCCAGGAGGAAACAUUGUUCUUGGGACGCGGUCCUGGCUUAAGCAAACUCUGAUUCCCCAGGCCUCAGUUUCCCUCGUCCCGCCCCUCUGUGAGGACUAGCUAUGGAUCCAGCAAUGAAUGAUGGGUUAGGGCUCCGUGGCCCGCCCUCGGGGAGCUUCCCUGGGGCUAACCCGCCGCUGCGGGCGCCCGGAAGCGGGAAGUGGCCGGGACGCAAGAAGCGCGUUUCGUUUUAGUUCAAACUUCACAUCAGUUUCCCUCCGAGUUCCCCCCCCCCCCCCCCCGGACUCAACGUGUCCAAAAAGCCGCCUUUUAGUGAAUCGGAAGGAAAGCUCCCUCUGGGAGUCGGGAGUCGGGCAGGGGCUGGGCCGCCUCCCCACCCCCCUCGGAGGAGCUCGGGUAGUUUCCCUGGCCUUGUUGCCAGUUUCCCGGAUGUCUCGGCCCGUUUGCCCGUCUCGCGGGGAGUGGGUCCCUGGGAGCCUGAGACACAAAAUCCAACGGCAUCUCGUUCCCUAAAUGCCAAGGGCACAGAAAACAAAAGCAGCGGUAUCGGAAGGAAAGGCCUCAUCAGCACACGUUUACUCAUGCUCUCCUGGCUGCCGAACUGAAGAGCCAUGGCGGGAAUGUCACCAGCAUGGACUUCAGCAGAAAUGGUAAAUAUCUGGCCACCUGUGCCGAGGACCGCACCAUCCACAUCUGGAGCACCAAGGACUUCCUGCAGCGGGAGCAUCGGAGCCUCCGCGUGAACGUGAAACUGGACCAUGCGACCUUGGUGCGCUUCAGCCCUGACUGCAGAGCCUUAGUCACCUGGCUGGCUAAUGCGGAUACCAUCCGGGUUUUCAAGAUGAACAAGAAAGAAGAUGGCAGCAAUAGUUUCCAGCCCCUUGCAGAAGACUUUCCCAAGAAGCACAAAGCUUCAGUUAUCAACAUUGGCAUUGCUGAGACAGGAAAGUUCAUCAUGUCUGUCUCCAGUGACACAACCAUCAUUAUCUGGACCCUGAAAGGGGACGUGCUGUCCAUCAUCAACACGAACCAGAUGAACAAUACCUAUGCGGUCAUCUCCCCUUGUAGCAGAUUCGUGGGUUCGUGUGGCUUCACUCCAGACGCUAAAGUGUGGGAAAUUUGCUUUAGCAAAAGUGGGCAAUUCCGGGAAGUGGCGCGUGCCUUUGAACUGAAGGGCCACACUGCCGGGAUCCACUUCCUGGCUUUCUCCAGCGACUCCUGCCGGAUGGCGACCGUCUCCAAGGAUGGGAAGUGGAAGUUGUGGGCCACAGAUGUGGAUUACAAGCAGCAGCAAGACCCCUACCUCCUGCUGACAGGCCAGUAUGAUGAGGCAGCCAUCAUGCCCUGCAUCUUGGCCCUCUCCCCGGAUGCCCAGGUCUUGGCUCUGGCCAGCAGCAACAACAUUCGGCUCUUCAACACAAAGCGAGGCGAGGAAGAAGAAAACUUUCACAAGGUCCAUGGGGAGUAUGUGUCUGAAAUGACCUUUGACACUACAGGUCGGUUCCUGGCUUCCUGUGGAGACAGAGUGGUGAGGGUCUUCCAUAACACCACGGGCCAGAGGGCUAUAGUGGAGGAGAUACGGGGGCUCCUCAAACGGGGCCCCACAGAAACCACCCGUCAGAGGCUGAAUCAGCAGCUGGUCCAAGCCCAGGCUAACCUCAAAAGGCUGGGGGCCGCAAAGGUCUGAGCAAGGAAAAGUUGGACUUAAGAAGGGAGCAAGGAGACGGGAGAGAUCCUUGCUGCACUUGCUCUUGCCCCCCCUCCCUUGGUCCAGGGUGGCCUGGAAUCGGGGCUUUUGGAAGGGGGACGUCAUAAUAGGAUCUCUCCUUUGUUUUCCCCCUUUCCUUACCCCCCCCCCACCCCCUUCUGUCUCACUACACAUUUUUGGGGCUGCAGACUAAAGCUAGCCACUCUCCCACCAGCUAAGGCUUUGUCCCUCAGUCUCUGGAAACAUUCCAUAUUGACAUUCUGGCACUUGGAAAAAGUUCCCCUGGUUUUGUGACUCUAAGUCCUACUUUUUCUCCAAGAAAAAACCUUAGACCCAUGAGCCCAGUGUCCUGGCAGUUCCCUUUGGGCAUAGGUAGUAAUCAAUUGUGGUGCUUGAAUCUGCUGUGGGUCCAAGGGACUGAUUCCAGCCAGACCUGGGUGUUAUGGGAAGAAAAGUGAAGUGAAUGGAGUCCCAAAGAUCGUUUUUCUUGUGGCAGCUCAUUUAUAAGCAUGCUAAGAGGUAGACCAAAGCUGGGUAUUUAGAUAAGGACUAAUGUUCGUGGGAGGGCAGAAUGGGAAGGUGUUUUAUUUCCAAACAGAGCUAGGGUCAAGAGCUGUGAAAGUGGGGUCAUUAUUUACCCAUGAAUCUUGGCUCGGGGGUAACCUGGGCAGGCUACUAGCUCUUCUGUUCUGUUCUCCUUCAUUUCAUCAUUUAUAAAAGAAAGGAUUGAUACCCACCUGUUAACCUACCUCACAGGGAUGUUGUGAGGGCGGAUGAGACCGUGUCAUGUUCUUCCAUUUUGGACAAAAGAUGCUAAAGCUUUGAA